UUCCCAUCAUUUACCAAAACGCAGAGAUACACCACCUUUGUUCUUCCCCGUUGAUAUAUAUUUCUCAUCUGAACACGACUUAAAAUGGCGCAGCAGUUUGUGCAAACCCAAAUCAAAGGAGAUAAAGUAGUGCUGUUCAUUAAGCCUACUUGCUCGUACUGCAUUAUGGCCAAAGAGGUGUUGUCGAAAUACAAAUUCAAGCCGGGACAUCUGGAGUGCGUUGAUAUAACCGGACGCAGCGACAUGGACAACAUGCAGGAGUAUUUCCUGGAGCUCACGGGAGCCCGCACGGUCCCGAGGGUGUUCAUCGGCGAGGAGUGUGUUGGAGGCGGCAGCGACGUGACGGCGCUUCACAAGAGCGGCAAACUGGAGAGCAUGCUGCAGUCUAUCGGGGCCCUGCAAUGACCUGCUGCACACCUCCAGGCAUUUAGGCAUCCAGGUGGGGGUCACAUGACUAUGCAGCGGGACUUGCGUAAUUUGCGUCGCCGCUGCUGGUACUCGCUGAGCUCCUGCAGGUAGCCUCUGGACGGCCAGCGUAGCCUCUCCACCUGCUCACGCUCCUCCUCUGGAACACAGAAACAUAUAAACUGUAAUCUACCGGAAACAAGAUUGAACCCUUACAAUUAUAUUUACUGCGCUUGGCACACACUCAUAGAAACGCAUACCCUAAUAACUGCUUGCAUUUUUGCCAAGAACACAGCCAAUAAGGUUGAAUUGCUGAUAACAGAAGACCAACAGUUAGCCAUCAUGUGCUGUCGCCUUAUUCUGGCUUUUGACUUCUCAUGUGCCCUUAAGAACCCGUCCAAUGACCUUAAACGACUCUUGUGUGUAUGAAUAAUGAUGACAAUAAAAUGAGAAACUGCUACUAACCAGAGCAAUGUUGCAUUUAAUCUUUAA